GCUAGGUUGCGACAUUUGAAAUUAUUUAAAAUUUCUUUGCGCUGUACACAUGUGCUAACCGGGUAAAUAAUUACGAAAGAAAUAUAAUUUUUAGCGGAGUCUGUGGACACCGUGAUGAGUAACGUUGCAUCGCGUAUCGGAACUUAAAAUACUAUUGUUGCAUGGGAUCUGGCGAAACGAACGAUAGAGAUUCGAGAAUCAAACAUAAGGACGGAGGUUAACCGGUUUCUACUACAUCACAAUGAUCGACACUGAUAAAAAGGGCUGCAGGGAACUGCUAAUGCAGCGAAUGAUCUUGGCCAUUGUCACAAGCAUAACGUUGCAAUUAUUUCUCAUUUGUUGCCUCGUCCCGUUCACGAAUCUGAGCAUGGAUUAUGCACGCUGGCUUGAAGAAACGUGGCACAUCAUAACGUCACCACGAAUGUGGGCUUACUUCAUUGUUCUUGCCAUGGUGACCAUCCUGCAAGGUUUUUUUUGCAGCAAGAGAUAUCUGCAUCCACUACCAUAUUACAAAAGCAGAUUCGCUAAGCUGCGUACAACCUUCACGUUUCAAAGUUUGCUUCUGCGAGUGUUGUACAUUGUCAUUGGUGGUAUUCUGGUCUGGCUGCAUUUGUCAUUGAAGAGAGGAAGCUACAAUUCUUCGACUGCGGACUACAGCAUCGAAUAUGGAUCACAUCUAGUAGAAGAACACUACUUUUUGCUGUUUAGUGGUUUAUGGAGUGGAUUGUAUUUCUUUAUCAAGACUGGUGAUUCCAGUAGAAAAUAUUUCCAGUUUCCCAUCAUAGCACAAUACAAGUUCUUCCGAAUAAGACAAAGAAUCAUUUCCAUGUUUCCAACACUGAUAAUUUCUUCUAUGUGGUCGACUCUAUAUUACAUGACAAUUUAUUAUUUUAUAAGGGCAUAUUGUCAUGAAGCAUUCUUAUCUGUUGUUUCUAUACACAUGGAGAGCAAUCCUUUGAAUACUAUAUCUAGAUUGCUAAAUUUGUCGCUGAUAUCACAACUGUGGCUUCAUCAGUUUAUAUUUAUAUUUAUAAUAACUAACACAUAUAUAUUAUUUGAGAUAUAUCUGACUGAAUGGACUCAGUUUAAAUUUGGCUUGAGUGGCGCAUACAAUGUUGAUAGUUCAGAAAUGACUCUUAUUGAUGGUCUGUCAAUGGAUAAGAUACCGAUAAUGCAGCACUUGGCAUACUUAGAUCUGGUCACCUUAGCACAAAAGGAAAAAAUGAGAAGAGGUACAUUGUUUACACUCAGCCAGCCAGGUGGUCAUCCAUACAAUUGGAAUUGCGUAGUGCAAAAGUGUACAAAUCUUCUCAAUAAAUUCUCGUCAGAUCUCAAUGCAAUAUCUAUAAAAUCUCAAGAUAAAUUAUUCUGCCACAGUGCAAGCAUAUUGACAACGAAAGGUCCACCAGCUCGACAAAGCAAAUAUAUUUAUCAUAUGCGGAAAUUGGUACCAGAUGUAAUACCAGCAACAACCUUACCAAUGGAAGCAGAUACAAUGGCUCCUUACAGUGGUCCAUUUAUUCAAAAAUAUAUAAAACAGAAAAAGGAAGCUUUCAUAGCAUAUUUGCUCUCUAAGCCACUUAUUAAUUAUAUUUUUGGCGAACAAGACGAUAAUAAGAUUCGUUAUGUCUUACAUAAUGGUCAAUUAAUGAUCUGGGCAACCGAAGCUAUUUCAUCUUUAACUGUCUUUUCACUGAUCGAAGAUUCUUAUGGUAUUGUACAAAAAGAUGUGCCAACGAUUAUCAACGCUUUGUUAUCAGUGAAGCAGGCGCUAGACAAACUGCAAAAGUCAGCUGUAUUAGCAAGGAAAAUGCUAAUGGAUGAUAAAUUGAUUAAGGAAAUUUUUACAUCUCUACGAAGUGCGAUUAAGCGUAGUUUGUAUAGAAUUGUUACAAAUUUUGAGCCUUAUAUCAAUGAUUUAUCUCUUGAGCCUUCAACGAUAGAACAACUGCAAAGUUUCCUCAAUUAUAAAGAAUAGUUUGUAAAUAAACUAUCUUUUGUCAUGAUGGAUAUAGCUUAUUGGAUAUUGGAUCUAGUAAAAUGUACUGUAUUUUAAGUUUAUAUUAUAUAUUAUUGGAUUAUUUUUUUUUUCAUUAAUUACCUAUGUAUAUUAAUGUUAUAUUUUAUUGUACUUUAUAUUUGUGAGAACAAAAUGUAUUAAAAAUUAUAUAGCCCAAAAUAUCUAUACAUUAAAGUAUUAGGAUAUUUAAGUUUAUUAAUACAGAUAUAUGUAAAAAAUACAAAACAACAUAUAGGUGCAACAUAUAGGUUCAUUUUCAUCGAGUAUAUUUCUUAAUAUUAAUUUAUAUUUUUACUUAAUAGUUGUUCAAUAAUAAUUUAUAAGAUUUGUACGUAUGUAUAGAUAAUAAACAAAUACUGUUCCAAAAAAUUGGAGAAUCAUUUUAUUAGUAAUCUUCGAAGUGAAUAAUAUGUAAAUUGUAAAAAGAAGUAAUUUUGGAAAUAUAUAAUAAAACA